AUGGCCGACUUAGAGCCGGUUUCGGAGCCGGACGCUUACGCUACCGAGCCGAAGUCCAAGAUCCUCGUGCUGAUCAUCGUCAGCCGGGACGACCGGCCGCUGCUGAUUCAAGACCUUUCUACUCCGGGUUGGCGGCCAGAUCCGCCACACCUCUCUUCGUUCGUCGCACACCAGGCGCUGGACGUGAUCGACGACCUGGUGUGGACCAACCAUUCUAUGUACCUCAAGGAGGUGGAUGUGUUCGACUGCCUGGCUGUGUGGGCGUUCGUGAGCACGAGUCACGUCCGCUUCCUAGGUUUCCAAUGGGCUCUCGCACGUCAGCAGCGCAGUGUCCCUGGUGUUCAGGAGGUUCUUGGGGAAGACGUGCCCGAACCCGCGCACGGUCGUGGCGAACUGGUUGUAGUCCCGCAGGAACCCCCAGUAGUAAAAGAAGUCCACGUAGAGGCUGGCCAGCGUGUUCUCCUCGUCCUUGAUUCGGAUGCAGCUGGACACGUGGAGCUGCAGGAAGCUGAGCACCAUGCAGUACAGCAGGUACGACCCGAUGCCCCCGAUGUACGUGUCGUUGAGAUUGCGCAGCUGCAGGAAGAGCUUGAUCAGCAGUAUCAGCGGUUGCAUGUACUUGUACUGUUCGCACUGCGCGACUUGUCUACACGUUGA